ACAAAAGACAGGAAAUUACCAAGCAUUGUAAAAGGGAAAUUACAAGAAAAUGGGAGGAAACAAGAACUGCAAAGAACCUCAGGAGGAAAUCAAUCUGACCUAUUACAAGCAUGGUAUAGGGCUGGGGAUAUGACUCGGGUAGAGCAAUUGCCUAGCAUGUGUGGGGCCCUGGUUUCAUCUGCAUCAGUGCAAACAAAGAAAGCAUGCCUUUAAGGCCAGCAAGGCAGAGCAGAUGUCAAAGGGGAAGCCAAGAGGCUUGAUUAGGAUUUAUUAGGAACCUGGUGGGAAGGUUUGAGAAGGAACGCGUCACAAACUGGUUUCUACUUUAAAAUGGACCCUUGGAGCAAACUGUUUAAAAACCCAAGUAUCAAGAUUGGAGAGAAUGUGGAGUAUAAGAAUGGAAUUUGGUUCAGUGCCUUGGAAGACACUUUGACCUUACUUUAAAUGGAUGGUCAUGCUGCAGCAGCCUGGUGCCUGAUAAGUAAGGAAGAACCUGCCAGGGGAUUACUGCUAGCACUAGCCAACGGCAGGACAGGCUGGUCUCGGGAGAGUGGGGAUGGGCAGAGCAUCCGUCAAGCCCAGGCCGGCAACCUCAGAAAAGAGGCCUGGGCCCUGGUGGGGAGCUCCUGACAUGCUCUGCUGAUCCAUUUGACUUGGACACAGCACCCCACUGAACAACACCUGUUCCCAGCCCCAGAGGAGCCCUUAGAAGGAGUAGGUGCUUUGUGACCUCUCUGUGCAACUGCAGCUGGGCUGUGACCACCAGAAGGGACCAGUCCACUGAAUGGGAAGCAGUAGGACAGAAGCUAACUAAAGAAGGAUCUUGUUUUCUGCAGCAGAGUUUCUCACUGCCCUUGGAGCUUUGUGGUUUUCUUCUCUCAGGGCUGGUACCUGGCUCCUAUCCCUUAGAGGGGUUGGGCCAGGAGGGCUACCCACAGAGGGGAGGACUUUGUGGAAUGCAAGCCCCUGAAGCCUGCGUGCUCCCUGUUGUGGUCAGAGUUCCAAAGCUUCCCCACUGCAGGGGACGAGGGGCCGCCUCGGUGUCUGCUCAUGAGCCACAAGGACCCCUACUGUUCCAGACUGGACCUUCUCAAGCUGCCAAAGAGGAGAGCCCCCAGAGCUGGCAACCAGCAAUUACAAGGGACUAGAGGGCUGGGAUGGACUGACCUUCUCCUGGCCAGGGUGGCAGGAGAAGCAGAGUCUUUGUGGCCCAGCUAGUGACAGAGAAACCUGAUGAAGCCCUAAGCAGGGGCCCAAAGUGGCCAGGGACAGGGGAGCCGCUCCUGCCAACGUGCUUUCUCCUUUUAUUGAGAGAGGACGUGGUGAGGAUCCCCUGUUGCAGCACGUGGUCCUAUGCCCUUUGCAUGUGCUGCCAGAGCACGCAGGCUGCACCGUGGCCAGCUCCUUAGCGGACUGGGAAAGGAGUGGCCACGGUGACUGCUGCCCACCCGCCAGCACCAUGAAGUGCUCCCUGCGGGUGUGGUUCCUCUCCGUGGCCUUCCUGCUGGUGUUCAUCAUGUCCCUGCUCUUCACCUACUCACAUCACAGCAUGGCCACCUUGCCCUACCUGGACUCGGGGGCCCUGGGCGGGACACAUCGGGUGAAGCUGGUACCUGGCUAUUCUGGCCUACAGCGCCUUGGCAAGGAGGGGCUUUCAGGCAAGAGCUGUGCCUGCCGCCGCUGCAUGAGUGAUACUGGCACCUCUGACUGGUUCGACAGUCACUUUGACAGCAACAUCUCGCCUGUCUGGACUCGAGAGAACAUGGAUCUCCCUCCGGAUGUCCAGAGGUGGUGGAUGAUGUUGCAACCCCAAUUCAAGUCACACAACACCAACGAAGUGCUGGAGAAGCUGUUUCAGAUCGUGCCAGGCGAGAACCCCUACCGCUUCCGGGACCCCAACCAGUGCCGGCGCUGUGCUGUGGUGGGGAACUCGGGUAACCUGCGGGGCUCUGGCUACGGGCAGGAUGUGGAUGGACACAACUUUAUCAUGAGGAUGAAUCAGGCACCAACUGUGGGCUUUGAGCGGGAUGUUGGCAGCCGAACCACCCACCAUUUCAUGUACCCUGAGAGUGCCAAGAAUCUGCCUGCCAAUGUUAGCUUUGUGUUGGUGCCCUUCAAGGCCCUGGACCUACUGUGGAUUGCCAGUGCCCUGUCUACGGGGCAGAUCCGAUUCACCUAUGCCCCAGUGAAGUCCUUCCUUCGAGUAGACAAAGAAAAGGUUCAAAUCUACAACCCAGCAUUCUUCAAGUACAUUCACGACAGGUGGACAGAGCAUCAUGGGCGGUACCCUUCCACAGGGAUGCUAGUGCUCUUUUUUGCCCUGCAUGUGUGUGAUGAGGUGAACGUAUAUGGGUUCGGGGCCGACAGCCGAGGCAACUGGCACCACUACUGGGAGAAUAACCGGUACGCGGGCGAGUUUCGGAAGACCGGUGUGCACGAUGCGGACUUCGAGGCUCACAUCAUCGACAUGCUGGCCAAGGCCAGCAAAAUCGAGGUCUACCGGGGCAACUGACUAGGGCCUGGCCGCGACCCUUUCUGCCCAGCCGCGAGGCGCGGGGACGCGCUUCGGCUCUGGGCGUCACCAGGCAAUCAUGAGCGACGCCAGGACAACGUCUGGACCAGUCAAGCUGUAGUCCAGCGAGUGCCUGCUGUCUGUCAAUCACGAGACCCUGUGGGUCGGUUCGGGCCCGGCACCAAUCAGCGCUGUAGUCGGGCGGAGCUUGUUUCUCUCAGCCAAUGCUGCGACUCGAGAACUUCCGGUGCUGGCCGUCUCCUCCAAUCAAUGGCCUUCGGAGGCGGGCCAGCGGCCCCUCAAUCCCCUUCCCUUCUGCUUUUGGAUAGGAUUUUGUUUUCCGCUUUUUAAGAAGUUGAGGCUGCUUAGGGCCUCGCUUGAGUACUUUUCUCAGGCCCGAGAGGAGGAGCGUCUUAGUCGCUGGCCGGCCUGACUCCACUAGAGGCACCAAGAAGGAAGUGCCAGGGAAGGGUCAGGGUUGGGUGGCGGCCUUGGGUGCUACCUGGACCGCCAGGAUGGCCUGUCGGAGUGGGGGUGGGGGUGGGGGUCAGGGAGGCGUCCACCGAGGCUGUGGACGAGAGACAGUGCGCCUCACCCCAGGAGAAAAGCUGGUGUCCCCAAAUCCGAGAGCAUUUUAGACUGCACAUUUCCUUUCUCCAUCAGGCCCAGAUGAGUGAGUGCAAACCCACCAAAGAAAGGCGGUCAUGGUGAAAAUCCAGAGGGCAAAUGGGACCUCCUGCUUCCCGCCUCCCUUUGCAAUGGCCUCUCUGACCAGGGCAUUUCGUGUCUCACCAGAAACUAGGGAAUUGUAUUCACCCCAUGCUGAGGGGUAGACUUGCCUAGGGUCUAACUCUGUAACAGAGGUGUCAGGAACAGGGCAGGGGACCAGGAAGCCCUGUCACUUCACAUGUAAGGUGCUUCUCUCACUAUGCCCUCGUCCCUACUAUUCACCCACAACCUUUUUAGUGUCUCUCAGGCCCUGGGCCUCCUCACCAUCCUACGAGUUGCUCUUGGAAAAAAUCAGGAAACUUGUCCUGGGAUUGGGGCCCUAUUUGUUUCUGUCUCCUUUCUCUCCCUCUUCCUCUCCCUCACCCUCCCUUCCCUUCCCCUUUCUCCCUCUUCCCCCUUCCCCCUCUCUCCUGUCUCUC